UUCGCACGAGGAAAUCGUAGAAGCCGAAUGUCGCACCGUUAUUAUUGACGGAUUAGAACCGUCUACGUAUAUCUUCGACAUAAUGACAAAAGUCCGAUGCGGACAAGUCAUUCGGGUCACCACGGUGUCGAGCCCGGCACCUCUCGGCCGCACGGCGAUCGUUGAAUUUGUCUCGGGGUCUGAUGCUUUAACAUAUGCCGAGUAUAUGAGGUUUCAUGCUACCGAUGUGUUCGGUCCUGGCGUCCGUGUCUUUCUCGCGAACACGAAGUCAUACCCAAUGGCGACCGAGACGCAAUGCGAUAUUGAAAACGGCUUCACCCGAUUGCUCGUCUUGUUCGACGCGCUGCGUCGCUCCCCUCAGGCCUUCCUGGACGAUUUCCAGUCAUUCUACCGGGACCCGCGGGAAGUGCUAGAAGACGUGUGGAUGGGCGAGCACGGAUUGAUGUUCGUCUUAUUCAAAGACAUAAAGUUCGCCAGUCGCUUCUACAAAGGUUCGAUCUGGCGCCAUGAAUACUUCGAGCGACAAGAUUGGGUGUCGAAUCCACACGGGUUUGCUAAGGACCCAUGCGAUAACCCCAUAGACCCGUUCGAUGGCUUCCAACCUGCUCGGGGAUCGAACACGAGCGUAUUUUCAGAGUGGAUUUUGUCGAAAGAGUAUAUCGCAGGAUUGAAGGAGGCCGGGAUACUCCCCGAGAACGUCGAUUCGAAUGUCCGCAAUCUGGACAUCGAGACCUUGGGAGAUCCCAACGAGUUCUUGGUGUGGACCAAUCAAAAUCCCGAAGUCGUGGCUGCGAGGGAAAUUCCGGAGGAGUAGGAAACUCCGGAACCCCAAAGCCACAAGAGGACCCCACCAUACCAGUCUCAGAUGAAUUUCGUCCCUUUUCCCUACGAAGACUUUGAUGACCUUGCGGAUACUUCCUUAAUUGACCUACAGCCCAAGCAUGCUGUCUCUAGUCUGGAAGGAGUCUUAAUAGAUCUUGGCUUAGACUCCGAAGAGGAAGACCAAAAUACCCCCGUUGUAUCCUCCCCAAAACAGUUCAUAACACCACCCGGCGAUGUGCCGUACAACACACCGGAGAGCCAACUCCCGCUCGAGCGUAGCCCUGUUGCCUCUAAGCUGGGUUUCCCUUUAAAUGGGACCCCAGAAGUGCGACGACAUCGUCCUGCCAAAAUUGCGAUCAGGCUUUACCGCAACGGCCUUCGUCUGCCCACUAGUAGCCCAACCCUUUGUCAAAAGGACGACGAUGAGGGUUGGUGCACCACUGACGGGGAAUCGGAGAAUGGCGAGCUAGGUGAUGAUGAAUGGUGA